AAGAAGAAAUUGCACCCGGGGCCACUUCAACCAACCUCAUUCACCUCAGCUCUGUCAAGCAGCAGUUGUGUGACAGCAGGAAGGAAGGAAACAGAAAGUGAAGUGUUUUCCUUGUUACCUUGGCUGCACAUAAGAAUCUGCCUCUCUCAGGGUGACCACGAGUCAUACAAACAGCACUGAGGCCUCAGCUCAAGAGUGAACAAAGUGAACAUCAGUCAUCGGACUUUGUGAAGAGGAUCCCUGUGACUGUAGGUCAGAGUUUGCUUCUUGGAUGCAGCACUAUGAAUGGGUUAGAGAGCAGAGCGUAAGAGGUAGUGCUGGUCACCAGGGCAGAAACACAUCAAGGUCUGUGAUGCGAAGCGGAGAGAGCUUCUGUGAAUAUCGUGACGGGGACAUGGGAUGUCUCUGACUGUGCAGCGAAAUCAACAUGACUUUCAUUCUGCCCUCAGUCUGGUAACAAGUGAAGACGUCGUCCAGCUUGAAGCAACAUCCGGCACCCAAUAAAAAGAGAAAGAGGGUGGAACAAAGGGAGGAGACAGAAGAAGAAUAAGCGAGAGAGAGAGAGAGAAAAGGAGAGACUAGAGAGGUAAAGUGGGGACGAGAGAAGAAAGAAACUCACAUUUUUACAGAUGGAUCUGGGCGUGCUCAAGGCUCUGGAGAGAGAGAAGGUUCUGGAGGUUCUUCAGAGAGACAAACUUUUGCGCAGCACGGAUGACGACAGGAUAAGGAGGCUGAAGACGGAGCUACAGGAGAUCCGAAGGAAAGGUGCCAAGAGUUUUGCCCGGCAGUACAGCGAAAGGACUUGCGCCCGCUGUCAGAGGCCGUUGGGAAUGUUCUGGAACUCGGGCGCCGUGUGCCGAGGCUGCAGCCACCGCGUCUGCAACAAGUGUCGUGUGGGCGUGUCCGCCCUGGACUGGAAGUGUACCGUCUGCCACGCCUACAGGAAGGUUAAGAUCAGGUCCGGGGAGUGGUUUUUGGAAGAAAGGGCCAAGAAAUUUCCACCUGACUCGGAAAGGCAUGAGACUGUUGGGGAGAAGCUACUAAAGUCUUACCAGAGGUUGAGUCAUAUAACAGUCGUUCCUCCAACCGCUCCACCCUAUUACGAUGGUCCAUCCUUCAGCAGAUCAGGGGGACUGAACAAUUCCUUUAAAAAACCAUUCACCAAGUCUAUGGAGGACCUGAUGGUUUCCCUCACAAGCCACAUGAGAAGGUUCUCCAGGUCGCAACAGGAUGUACGAGUGGAACAGGAUCUUCUUACAGUGGACAACAGCAUCAACAAAUACAACAAUCUUACCAAAGGCCCCAGUCUUACCAACCUGUUCAAGAAGAGCCGGAAUGAUGACCAGAGCAGUUUCUCAUCAGGGGCGGAUGAGGACCUUUCCCUGGGUUCAGAGUACUCAUGGGGAAAGAGGGGCAGUAGUGCUAGUAGCACUGGUACAGACUGUGGUCUCUUGGAGAUCAACAGAGUGACAGGGGAGCUAAAGCUCGCCAUCGCCUUCAACCACAUCACUUCCUGCCUGGAGAUCACAAUAAACGGCUGCAGAAACCUGGCAUAUGGAGAUAUCAAGAGGAAGAAGUGUCACCCGUACGUCAAAGUCUACCUACUGCCGGAGAAGUCUCAGAGCAGCAAACUGAAGACAACUAUCAAGAGGAACACAACGGAUCCCAUUUAUAAUGACAUUUUACAGUGCCAGAUGGAGAGCCCCUUGUUGUCCAGGAGUACUCUGCAGGUGUCUGUGUGGCACUCUGCGACCCUGAAGAACAAGGUGUUUCUGGGAGAGGUCCUCGUCCCGCUGGAGGGCUGUAUAUUUAAGGACAGCACCACCCAGGGCUCCAACUGGUACCCCCUGUGUCCAAAGCCUGAGAGUCCAGAAGGGAAUGCAGUAGAGCAGGAUACAGCAGGAGAACUGCUGGUCAGAAUGAAGUUCACCUCCUUGUCCCAGCCGUCCUGGGUUUGCCACACAGAUGCGGUUCAUAUUGGACCACAUGAUGUUGGUCAACUGACUGUUCUUGUUACUGGUGCCAAAAAUCUGCCCACUAAAGCAAACAACAGUCAGAACACCUAUGUGAAAGGGUGCUUGACUCUUCCCGGGUCCAGAGAGCUGGUCCAGAGGACCCCUGUCCUGAAGAAGCCCAGUCCGGCGUGGUCUCACCAGCUGCUCUUCAGCAGAGUCACGCCCUAUGACCUCCAGAUCUGCACUCUGGAACUUGACCUCUGGGACCACGCCCCCUUUACCUUCUCAGACCGCCUCCUGGGCUGGGUCAGAAUGGAAGCCGGGUCAUCAUGGCAACUGGUGCUGCAGACACCCAACAUGUGGCAUGACUUCAGUUUACCCAUGCAAGCCAACAUCAACAGCAGGAGAACAUGAUGUCAGAGUCAACAGGG